CGCAGGCACCGGGACCAGCGCGUCGCAGCAGCCAGAGCGGAGGCGAGCUUGCGAGUCCAAGGGGUGGCUGGGGCAGGUGGUGGCGCCGUGAAGAUGGUCGCCAAGCAGCGAAUCCGUAUGGCCAACGAGAAGCACAGCAAGAACAUCACCCAGCGGGGCAACGUCGCCAAGACUUCGAGAAAUGCUCCCGAAGAGAAGGCGUCUGUAGGACCCUGGUUAUUGGCUCUCUUCAUUUUUGUUGUUUGUGGUUCUGCAAUUUUCCAGAUUAUUCAAAGUAUCAGGAUGGGCAUGUGAAGUGACUGACCUUUAAGAUGUUUCCAUUCUCCUGUGAAUUUUAACUUGAACUCAUUCCUGAUGUUUGAUAACCCUGGCUAAAAACAAUUCAGUAAAGCAUCCUGCCUCAGAAUGACUUUUCAUAUCAUCCUUCAUUUGUCAUUCCAAGGUUUCUCCACGAGUCAUUCCAAGUUUUCUAGUCCAUACCACAGUGCCUUGCAAAAGCACCACAUGAAUAAAGCAAUAAAAUUUGAUUGUUAAGCUAUAGUAGUGGACCUACUUAUUCAGUCAGUAAAGAGUAAGUUUUUUUUUUUAAUGUGGUUGUCAAAACCGUAUCCAGUGUAGAUAAUUAGAUUAAAUCUAUGUAGACAGCCUAGAUUUUGUUAACCCUAAUGUGUAAAUGCAAUUAGUUUAAAAUUUGGAGUCAUGAUUUUUAUAUAGUUAGGCACUUUAUUCCUAUAUCUUGAAUUGAAAGCACACUCCCAUAUAGGGUAAUGUCACUGUCCUGUAAUAAAGUGCGUAUAAGUGGAACAUAAUAGUUUUCCCAUAAUCUUUAGCCCCUAAAAAUUUUUAAAAGCUUCUAAAUGUCUAAUAUAAAGGGAAAUGCUUAUAGCUACAUUAUCUCUUUUAACUAUUAUUUCUAUUACACGGCCUUGGAUUUUGCAUGAGUCAUUAUAGUAAUGUAAAACGCCAUAAGAAAACUUGGUUGAGCAUUUUGUAACUUUGCAACUUCAGUCUCACUAAAAGCUACCAUGGUGGAGUAAAAUCAGGGAAAGUUUGUUUAUGUCACCAUUGAUUUUGCCAUAAUUACUUUAAUAUAUCAAGGGGUCUACCAUGGUAGACAAUAUUUUAGGGGAAAAAUACUACUAAAUAUGGAUGUCUCAGGACAUCCUGAUGAGUCCGAUGUGCCCUAAGACAUCUUAGCAUGUUAAUAGCACUUUUAAUACCAAAAAAGGCAUAUCGACUAAGAAGUUCCUCAGUUUGGAAAUAAUUUUCUGGAUUUAUGGUUAAAAUUUUGUUAGGGUACUAGAUACAUCAGACUAAAGUGCCAUCUGGAAUUAAAUGGAUUUGCUGAUAAGGAUCAAUCUUUAGUCUUCCCUUUGUUGUAUAAUUUUAUAGGAUUAUGAUUAAAAUUUCUUUUUACUAAUGGUAAGGGUGAGAAGGCAGGUUUUAGGUUUCUGGUACUUUGAAAAUUAUAAGUUUUGGCUAUUUAAAUACUUAGCCAUAACUUGAUUUAAAAAGAAAAGCUUGAGAGGCGUUUAUGUAUCAAUGAAUUGGAAAGAAAGCUGCUUGUUUGCUUUGUUAAUUGCCUCAGGAUAUCUCUUUUAAAAUAAGCUGUUUUAAGAGGAAGAGAAGGGAAAUCUGCUACUUAGUCAUACAAUUGUGAACCUCAGCGUUUCUGGUCCCCGUCAAGAGGGGAAGAGUGAGGGAGAGGAGUGGUUAAGGAUGCUUAGGGACUCAACUUCUCCAGAACAGGAAAGGAAUCAGCUGACCUGGGGCCAGCAGGUUUUUAUCUGCAGUUACCUGCCUUUCUCACCCAGGAAAUCAACACUUGUUUCCCUCUGAAGCAAGUGUCUUGGUUGACUUAUUCUAUUUUAUUGUAACUUUAAAAAUGAAAGUUAUUGUUCGAAAUUUAUAGCAGGUGCCUUAUUCUUUGCUUUGAGUCAAACCAUUCCGUAUCAGAAUUUCCCUUGAUUUAUUAUAGAUAAUUGGCUUUAAGAUGUUAGGAUUUUUUGUUUUUUUUUUAAUUGUAUAAUAUCUUUAUUAAUUUGACUGUUAAGUUGCUACGGCUAGUAAUCAUUUUACAUAUGUAAAGUUGCAUUCCCUUUGUAUUUCAUGUGUGAUUUCCUAAUUGAGUACAUUUUAUAUUAAGGAUGGAUUAUGCAUGUUUGGGUCAAUGAAAGCUAUGUUUUGAUUUAUCCUUUAAAAAUAAAGUUCCCAGAAUAUUUGAUUCCUUCUGAAA